AGCAUGGAAGGAGAGGAAGAUUUCGGAGUGCUCAAAAUCAACAAGUCGUUUGCCAAAAAUUAUGACAGAUACAGACAGAAGGAGGAACUCCAGAAAUUGAAGGAUAAGUAUGGUAAUGUGAGCAAUGAGGAGUCUACCAGCAGCUCUGAAACAGAAGAUGAGGAUGCAGAGGCUCUCACAGCUAGGGUUAAAAAGGACUGGCUAAGAGCUUAUGCAGCUGUAAAGAGUAGAGAUCCAAAAAUUUACCAGAAGGAUAUCAAGUUUUACCAUUCUAGCUCGAAUUCAAGCUCUGAUGAAGGUGAGACAAGCAACAGAAAAAAGUCACAGAAAAAGUCAACAAAACAGAAGCCAGUGACUAUAAAGGAUUACGAGAGAAAGGUCAUUCUAGAAAAAGGAGGUGUUUUAAGUGACGAAGAUGAGGCUGACUACCAGGAGAGGGACAAGGAGGAGCUGGGGUAUUAUGAGGAGCAGGAGGAGAUCAAGAAAAGUUUUCAGACAGCUUUCGAUUCAGAUGAUUCAGACACAGAAUUACUCCAGCACAGACCAAAGACAGAAAAAGAGAAGAAAGCUGAGGAGGAUGACUACAGAGAGUGGCUGAAAGGACAGAAACCUGAACCAGAGGAAGAUGCUGAGGAUUUGAUCCCACUGAAACAAUACUGGACCGAUCCCAAACUGGAGGAGGGGGAGAAAUUUUUGAGAGAUUACAUAUUAAACAAAGGCUACCUUGAGAAAGAUAAAGACAGAAUUCCGACAUAUGAUGAGAUCGUGGAUGAAGCAGGGUUUUCAUCAGAAGAGGAAAUUUUGAAGAAACAGGAAGAGUUUGAGACAAAAUACAACUUCAGAUAUGAGGAACCUGAUCAGGAGUUUAUUAAACGUUACCCCAGAACCAUAUCCGAAUCUGUCCGCAGAGAAGAGAAUAAGCGUUCAGUUAAAAGAGCAGAAGUGAAGGACAGAAAAGACUUGGAGAAACACAAAAAGCGAGAAGAGUUGAAACAGCUCAAAAAUUUGAAGAAACGAGAAAUCCUGGACAAGAUGGAAAGGCUGAAGGAAAUAACGGGGAAUCCAUCAUUAGGCUUCAAUGAAGAGGACUUGGAGGCAGAUUUUGACCCUGAGAAAUAUGACAGAUUAAUGCAGAACGUGUUUGAUGACGACUAUUACGGGGAAGGAGAGCUCACCAAGCCGGCCUUCUCUGAUGAUGAAGAGCUAGGGUUAGAAGAUAACUGGGACAACUGGGCAGGAAGAGAGGAGUAUGAGGAGGGGUACAGUGCAUAUGAGGGUGCAGAGGAUGGUCCACACGUAGAUGAUCCACAUUUUAAUAUGGAUGCUGAUUAUGACCCGAGCAUAGUGCAACCAAAAAGAGAAGGAAAGAAGCAGAAGAAGAAAUCAAAGUUUGCCCAGGCAGUGUACCAGUCAAAACCUGUAUUUGAUCCGGAUGAGAAGUCAUUUGAGGCUUACUUUGAUGAGUAUUACAAACUGGACUAUGAGGACAUCAUAGCUGAUCUCCCUUGUCGGUUUAAGUACAGGAAGACUGUACCUAACAAUUACGGGCUUACAAUUCCAGAGAUUUUAUCAGCUGAUGAUAAGGAAUUGAACAGCUGGUGUUCUGUGAAGAAGAUGAGUCAAUACAAAGGAGACCAAGAGGAAUAUACAGACUUAAAAAAGUACAGAAAGAAGUCAAAGAAGAAAUACAACAUCCUGACCAGUUUGCAGGACAAAGUGAAAAAGCCUUCCACCUCAAAUGGAGUUGUGGAAGACAAAGAAAGUGAUAGUCAGAAAACAUCAGUGAAGAAGAAACAAAAGAAACAGCGCAUUGAAACAGUUACAAGUGAAAGUAGUGCAACAGACAUGAUCGUGUCUGAUGGUUCUGGGGAGUGCUCAGAGACAGCGGGGUCAGCACAUUCAGCGAAGAACAUCCCAAAGAAGAAACGGAAAUGGAAGCAGGAAUCACGUGAAGAUCUUCUUCUCACAGGAGAUGGAUCAAUAGGUGAUACGGGUGACCGGUUGUCAGACCAGGUCCAGGGUGGGUCAGGUUACCAUGCCGAUGGAGUGUUAAAGAAAACCAAACAAGGUAGUCAAACAGACACGUCACAAAACGUGAAACAGAACAUGCGGCAGAAGAAAAAACAGAAGAGGAAGAAGAAACGACACCAACCCAUUAUUUCAGACGAUCGUCUAAAGGCCUAUGGAAUUAACCCAAAGACGUUCAAACAGAAAAUGAAGAGAUCAAAAACUUCAUGAAUGUGAGGCUUGACUGAAAGUAACCAUUUGCAUGGGCAAAGAAUGAAGGAAUGAAUUUCUUCAGACUGUGUUUCAAUACUGUUUACAUGUGUGUGGGGAUGCUGAAAAUAUGGGAACAUGUAUCAAAACCUUAAUUUUGGUUGACUUCAUUUUAUGUUAGGAAGCUUUUAUUGCCCAUUAUAAUUCAGGCAAAGUGUCAUCACUUGAAUGGAGUUAAGGAUGCCAAUAAUCUUGUUGCUA